AUGUGGUGCGGCCUGAGCCGUUUCUUCGGGCACCACCACCGCUCGUUGUACAGAAGUAGACUCUUGAGGGUUUGUGGCUUACCGGUAUCUGCUUGGCAUCCAGCUGGAUGCACUACGCGUUCGACGCACGCUGAAACGCACCAGGCGUUUUUGUCGACACUGACACCUGCGGGUACAGAGUUGCCUGGAAGUGCGCUCCCCGAUAGCGCAGCCGGUGGCCUUGCGUUUCUAAAAGAUGAAGAAAAUCGAAAACAUCGAGCACUGAACCGCGUAGCUGAGGCGAUUUCUGGAUCCGCGUCUCAGAACGUCGACAGCCGGCAGCGUAGGUGGGCGAACGCAGCUCGGGUGCCGACGCAAGCCAACGGUCUACCGUGGUCGCUUGCAUCGCUCGCUUCUUUACUCGAAACCCGCGUGUCCGGAGUUGCAUCAUCUAUGGAUCCGUUUCGUUUAGUCGAGCAGCACCUACAGCGGUUGGCCGCGGAGGUGCUUCAGGCGGUCGCCGUAGACCACCCGGUGCUGCAACGCGCGGCGCAGUACUUUUUCGAACUUCCCGGGAAACGUUUGCGGCCUGCUGUUGUACUGCUCAUGGCCCAAGCGACAUGUCUCCAGUCGCUGGGCACUGUAAGCCACGCGCAGCUUCAACUAGCGAUGAUUACCGAGAUGAUCCACACGGCGUCGCUGUUGCACGAUGACGUGAUUGACGAGUCGAAUAUGCGACGAUCCGCGAGCACCGUGAAUGCAUUGUUCGGGAAUCAAUUGGCUGUUUUGGCAGGAGACUUUCUACUUGCACGAGCAUCUGUCUGUCUCGCGCAGCUCCGGGACUGUGAUGUCGUGGAGCUCCUCUCGCGUGUCAUUGAGCAUCUCGUGCAGGGGGAAGUCCUGCAACUGAACGACCCGGGCCCCGAGCAUGCCCGCAAUGGACGAUCGCCUAACACCCCCGACGACUGGCCCACAUUCCACGCAUAUAUGCGCAAGACAUGGUACAAAACGGCUUCACUCAUUGCGAAUUCCUGUCGCGCGGUGACCCUCCUGAAUCCCGUGAGUCGAAACCAGCCUCAGAUCGUUCACGCUGCUGCGCACUACGGAGAUCAUUUGGGAUUGGCGUUUCAGCUCGUAGACGACGCGAUGGAUUACAGUAUUUCAAGUAGCAAUAUGGGGAAACCAGCCAACAAAGAUCUGAUGCAGGGUACGAUUACCGCCCCUGUGUUGCUCGCCGCUGAGGGUCCCGCGAACGUAGAUGCACUGGAGCUUCAUCGCGCUUGGCAGAGGCGAGAUAAAGAACGAGUCGCGGAACUGGUUCGCAAGGGUCUAGGUGUUGAGAAAACUUUAGCGCUGGCGGCAGAACACGCUCGCGAGGCCCAGAACGCACUUGUUGCGCCCUCGACAGCGGCAGAUGGUAUCAGCAGCGCCGGCGCUUUGCCGCCCAGCCCUGCUCGUGAUGCCCUUUGUCAUCUAUGUGAGUGCAUACUAGCCCGCCAGCGCUAG